AAUAUUUAAGCGGGGUCAUAAUAAUAAUCGGUUAAUCACACUAAUGGGACAGCCACAGUCAAAGUCAUCAAAACAAAAACAUGCAAUUAAUGCUAUGUUAUCAAUAGUUAUUGAUGAUGACAAUCAUAAUGAAUACCCUAAUAAUAAUAAUAAUAAUAAUAAUAAUAAUAAUACCACCAUUGAUGACAAUGAUAAUGAUGACCCACAGGUGCGAGAGGCCAUUAGGCUAAGCAAACUAGAAGAGGAGGAACGCCUAAAAAUAAUUAAACUACAGGAGCUCCGGGAAAGCCUAAAAUGGGAUCUACGCGAGUCACUGGCCACUAUAAUACUAGGCCAAGAUUUGUCACAGCAAAAAUUAUGGGAUAUGAAAACAUUGUUGUUAAACUAUGAACUAUCAAGUGGACAGUCGAUAUAUCCGGGCUAUCAAAUCAAACACAUCCGAAACAGUACGGUCAACGACAUAUCCAAACUGAUCAUAUGUGUAAUUCGAGGACUGGGAGGUCAGGUAUCGAUGAAAGUUGUGGCCACAUAUUUUGCCGAACAUUUAGUACGGAUUUGGAUGAAAUUUCAGUUUAAAAAACAGCUAAUACUCUACGAUCCAACUGUCCAUCGACUGGAUCCGGAAGCUCAGAUGAAUAAGGAGUCGUCGGCACUCAACGAUACAUUGGUAUGCGUUCAUAUCAAUGAUAACGGCAACGGUUUGUGGUCUUCGGUUAGCAUUUCUAUGUACGGCUCCGAUGAAUACAUGGAAUCCCUACGGCUGUUGACGGCAUCGACAUUAUUAGACUAUCGGCCAAGUUUUGAACAGUCAUAUCGGACUACUGAAUCGGACAUAGCCUACGAUGAACUAAUUUCAAGGGCAGUCACACUUGAUGAGUGUGCUCACGAACUUCACAUACAGGCCCUAUCCCUAGCAUUGCAACGGCCUAUCUAUUUGUAUAGUGGUUCGUUUGGAUCACUAGUUGAACGUACCUAUGAUCGGACAUAUUGCCAAACUUAUGAUCAGCUCCGGGAGUCGUAUGAGUCUGACUUUGUUUACGAUCAUAUGAGAUUUUUGGCCGACGGUAAUCGUGAGGAUGAAAUACCGGUGCUGUUGUAUUAUAACGGUUCGGAUCGUUACAGUCCAGUACUGCCUAAGCGUGUGGGUGUGCGACCGUUGAGACCGUACACCGAAAUGAUGAAACCCAUGUUUAAUAGGAAAGUUGUACUACACUGUAAACUAUGUUUGGAUGAUAUACCCAAAGAUAAGUGUCAACAGUUUACCGGAUGUCGGCACCAGUUUUGUACGGUUUGUUUGGCCCAGUAUUUCGAUAGUCAGAUAACUGAUGGUAGGGUACAUCAUAUCAAAUGUCCCGAUGACCAGUGCACCGGUAGUAGUGGUAGUGGUGAGGCAUCCUAUGAAUUGGUAUGCAAACUGUUGAGCCGUAAAUCGCUGGUCAGAUAUCAUAAACUAUUGUUGAAAAAAACUGUGGAUGUUAUGGACGAUAUGGCCUAUUGUCCCAAAUGUAACGACUCGGUUGAGAUCGAUAACAGUAGACGCUAUGGCUAUUGUCUGGAUUGCGAUUACGCGUUUUGCACGAGUUGUCAUCGCAAAUAUCAUGGCCAACAGCGCACGUGCACUGAGGCACUGGAAGAUCAGGUCAACCGCGCGGUCGAAAAUCGCGAAUCAGUGGACUAUAUUCGUACGCAUUUCAAACAGUGUCCCAAAUGUCAGAUAUGGUGUGAGAAAAUUGAUGGUUGCAAUCAUAUGCAAUGUAAAAUGUGCAUGAUACAUUUUUGUUGGCUAUGUUUGAUGGAUAUUACCGACAAUGAGGAAAUACAAAUUGGACACUGGUCAGCUAAUUGUAGACUAUUUGAUUAUGAUAAUAUUGUUGGUUAA